UAUUCAUCUUUCCCACCUCAAUCAGGAAGAAAAGAUGUCAAUAAUAAAAGUGUACAUUCCAGCCAAAAUGACACAAAGGUGGUUAGCGAGUGAAGGUUUGCGGGAAGAGAGUGAGACCUCUCGCGGCUGUGCCACCUCUGUGCGUCCAUAUGGCAAAGUCUUUGUCUGCUAGCAUCUGGCCAGCUAGCAUCCUCUCCUCCUACAAGGUAGUUGGAUGAUGUGUGCUGAUGGACAUGGAGACUCCUGAGUACUUGGACCUGGACCAGAUUGACUUUUCUGACGACACUGUGUAUUGUGUCAGCUCUCUGAAGAACAUUCCACAACUAUCCAGGAGGAAUGAUGCUCAGGCUGAGGAGAGACCUGCUGCAUCCUCCAUCAGCUGGAGUCGUGGCGCGGCGUCUCACCCGGGGGGCGGGGGCAUCAAACCCACGGGCCUGGCUGAUGUUCACAGUAAAUUCCGUCCGGUGAAGAGGGUGUCGCCUCUCAAGCACCAGCCCGAGACGCCCGAGUCGGACAGCGACGGGAAAGUCCAAGUCCAAGGUCAGGAGCCCGGAGCGGGGGAGGCGGCCAAAGACAAGCCGCCUCCCCCCACCUCCUCGGAAGGCAAGGUGAAGGUGGUGGAUGGCAGCGCAGUGUUUGGGGAGCUGGAGCACUACGACCUGGACAUGGAUGAGAUCCUGGACGUGCCCUACAUCAAGUCCAGCCAGCACUCGUCCACGCUGCCUCGCCCCCCCCCCGCACGCAGCAACCUGCAGGGAGGAACCCUGGAGAGGAACCACAGAGCCUCCUUGGCCACCACCUCGUUCUCUCCUCACCUGAGGAAGUCCAAGUCCAUGGAUCCUGACGCCCUGCAUCUCCACCGCUCACCUGGAGGAGCAGCCUUCCAGCAGGAGGCCCUCUGUAGCUCCUCCUCCUCCUCCUCCUCCUUCUGUGAUGGAGACCAGCUGCUGUCUGCGAGGGUGUACCCAGAAGCCCCCAGCCAGAGGUCAGGCAUGGAGCCAGCGGGGGGGGCCGCGCUGACCUUCCCCCCGCUGGGGGGCAGCCUGGCCAAGCCUCGGAGCACGGCGCCGGGAGGAGGGGGGAGGGCAGCGGAGGUGGACGAGGAGAGCAAGAAGAAGCAGAACAUCAUCAACAUCGUCCGAGAGGGCCAGAUCUCUCUCCUGCCUCACCUGGCGGCCGACAACCUGGCGCAGAUCCGAGACCAGGACGGGAACAACCUGCUGCACGUGUCGGCCUCUCAAGGCCACGCCGAGUGUCUGCAGCACCUCACCUCUCUGAUGGGCGAGGACGGCCUCAACGAACGCAACGCACAGCAGCUCACGCCCGCCGGCCUCGGCGUCAAGAAUGGACACCUGGAGUGUGUGAGGUGGAUGGUGAGCGAGACGGAGGCCAUCGCCGAGCUGAGCUGCACCAGAGAACACCCCAGCCUCGUCCACUACGCCGCACGCUACGGACAGGAGAAGGUGCUGCUGUGGCUGCUUCAGUUCAUGCAGGAACAGGCCAUCUCUCUGGAUGAGGUGGACCACAACGGCAACACAGGUGUUCACGUGGCAGCACAGUAUGGACACCUGACGUGUAUACAGGUGUGUAUACAGACCCUGGUGGAGUAUGGCUCCAACGUGACAGUGAACAACCAGCAGGGGGAGCGUCCCUCUCAGGUGUCAGAGCGCCAAGGUCACAGCACGUGUGCACGGUACCUGGUGGUGGUGGAAACAUGCAUGUCACUCGCCUCACAGGUUGUCAAACUCACCAAGCAGCUCAGCGAGCAGGCAGUGGAAAAGGUGACACUACAAAAACAACUACACAGACUGGACAACACCAAGUCACAUGGGACACCAGCCAGCGGGGGUCAGCAGCACCCGGUGGAGGCGUGGCCAGAGAUGACGCUGACGGCGGAGGGGACGCCCGCCGACGGCCUGUGGUUGGUCCGUCAGGGAGGGGCGGGGCCGGACACCGUGCCCCGUCAUAUGGCGCCUCCCACUGCGAGUAGGGACGGCCCCCGUGGGAGUGCCAUGGCGGAGAAGCGGGCCCGCCUCCAGCAGAUCAUGCAGCGCUCACUCAGUGAGUCCGACUCAGACGCCUGUCUGCCGGAAGCCCCGCCCACUCACGCCUCGCGACCCGACAGGCCCACCCACCUGCCCAUCGCAGAUGAGCACCUGCAGCUGGUGACGACCGCCCUAAGCCCCUCCCCCACCUCCAGCGACCCCGAGGCCACGGACACCCCGGGCGAGGCGGACGGCGGCCCCAAAGCGGCCACCAGCCCCAAAAGCGCCCUCAAGUCCCCGUCGUCCCGCAGGAAGACGGCGCACAACCUGAAGCUGCGGGUCACCUUUGACGAGCACGUGCAGCGCAGCCAGGAGGCGGAGCCUAGCAGAGGCAAGGACAGGACGCCCCCGGCAAGCUGGGACGCCAAGCGGCCUUUCGGGGCCUUCCGAUCCAUCAUGGAGAGUCUCAGCGGCAACACCAACUCUCCUGCCAGGAGGGCGGAGGGCGGGGCCUCCAAGGCCAAGACCAGGAGCAGCCAUGUUUGAUCACGUGACCUCCGUGUUUGAUCACGUGACCUCCGUGUUUGAUCACGUGACCUCCACGUUUGAUCACGUGACCUCCAUGUUUGAUCACGUGACCUCCAUGUUUGAUCACGUGACCUCCACGUUUGAUCACGUGACCUCCAUGUUUGAUCACGUGACCUCCAUGUUUGAUCACGUGACCUCCAUGUUUGAUCACGUGACCUCUGCUUGAUCUCUAUUGACACAGCACAAGUAAGUCAUGUGACCUGACAGGAAGCAGGGGUGUCCAAAGUUGAUGACAUCAUAGAGGUGGAUGUCAACUCAUGAAUAAUAAUCAUGGACUUAUGUUUCACACUUUUAGGACUAGGAGCCUUUUGGGGCCCCCGGGGAGCUUUGUAGCAUUGACCUUUAACUUCACUUCCAAUGACCUUUAACUUCACUUCCAAUGACCUUUAACUUCACUCCCGAUGACCUUUACUUAUAAUGACAACACACAACACCCCAUAAUGACAACACACAACACACCAUAAUGACAACACCCCAUAAUGACAACACACAACACCCCAUAAUGACAACACCCCAUAAUGACAACACACAACACCCCAUAAUGACAACACACAACACCCCAUAAUGACAACACCCCAUAAUGACAACACACAACACCCCAUAAUGACAACA